UGACGCCACUCCUCGGUUAUUUGGGCGGACACCGUUCUGCUUGUUUUGAACAUGUUGACACAACACGGCCCUGUGUGCCAUGGCAGCACUGGCGAGAACGCGUUUCCCAACUCUCCUUGCGCGGUCAGUGCAGCGGUUGCGCCUGCGCAGCAGAGCCGGACUGGCCUUGCGCUUUGGGAGGGUUGGAAGAUGGAAGAUGAGGAGGUUGCGGAAAGCUGGGAGGAGGCAGCCGAUAGCGGGGAAAUAGAGCGACGUCUUGAAGAAAAACUAAGAAUUACACAAAAAGAGAGAAAGCUAAGAUCACCACUGAGGACCCCCAUUGUGAUUCAGGACGAUUCUCUUCCUGCUGCUCCUCCCCCACAAAUUCGAAUUCUUAAGAGACCAUCACACAACGGGUCAUUGGGUACCCCUAGUCCUGCCCAGCGCCCCGUGGCUCCUGUCAAAACCUUGGCUCAGAGGGAAGCUGAAUAUGCAGAGGCUCGCCGUCGAAUCCUUGGCAGUGCAAGUCCUGAAGAGGAGUCAGAUAAGCCCAUAGUGGCAGACAGGCCAAUUCGUGUUGGCAUUCACACAGACGACAUCAGGCCACCUAAUAAUGUAAUCAGGCAGCCAACGGGUCCUGAUGGCACACAGGGAUUCCGGCAGCGAAGAUAGAGUUUUGGGGUGGGCAUAUGCACCCCUGGAUUUGAAGAACUUUUUGGCCUGGAGGAAGAGGAGGUGGGCCGGAGAGGAAAAGGGGGGUACCCCACUUCUACCUCCACCCUCAAAAUCACAGGGGGUGGAGUUGGGCAGAGGGUAGGGGGAGCCUGUACCGGCCCAAGCACCUUGAUGACGCAGCAGCCGCCUCUUCGCUACUCCACUCACUGUGACCUUCACCCCCCCUUCCCUCUUGCACUGUGCCGCCACUGAUUCCCUCUCUGCACCUGGCACACUGUGACUGGCACACUAAUGUAACUAUGUGCAUUGCCGCCGGUGAGAGGAAUGACUUGGGUUUGUGAACCAGAGAACAAGAAGCAGGUGCCAGCUUUUCCCAGCAAUAAUAAUGAUCACCACCUCAAUGUCCAUUACUAUCAUACUGUAUGUUUCCCAUUCGUGUGAGCAGGUUUCUGUCCUGUUCAGUCUGUAUCAGUAUCUGUUAGUUCCUGUUAUCAGUAACAUUAUCUUUUAAUUUUUAUUUUUCAUUCUUCUAUUAAUGUAAUGUUGCAUUUUUAAAAUAGGAAACAAAUGGCAAAUAUGGUGUUUGUAAAUAUGUGAAGACCAUUAAUGAGUAGAGGUACUCAGAUGAUAAAGAGCUAAGUGCAGAUCGAAGGAAAUCCUGCAUCAUUGCUCUUUAGGUAUGUACUGCCACAAAGUCCUUCUUUUGUGAGUUUUUUUUCCUCUCCCCUUUUCUUUAGGGGGAAAUGAUAUUUCAGCAGAGAAUAUCUUGUAUCUUGCUCUACUAGUUUAAGGGUAUUUUUAGACAAAACUGUCUUUUAGCCCUGCCAUAUGGUGCAAGCAUGUCUGCUGAUGUUAGGUCUGGUCUUAGCCCAUGAUUGUGGGGACAAUUAUUAAUCCCACAGCAAAGGAAUUGGAGUUUUUGUAAAAGGGAAGUAUAAAGUUUCACUUAAUGUUUGUUGAGGCAGUUGGCGAGAAGUGUAUAAUCUGGUACUGCUAUAGGUAAAAUAGCUCAUCUAAAGAUUGUUAGGUCCAGAAGGAAAUAAAAAAGAAAACAGGCUUUGAAAAGCAAGAUUUACCCUGGACAAGCACAGGACAGUGGAUUUGUUCAAAAUUACUUGCUUUUGGGUGCCAUUUUACUGCAGGGUAGCCGCCUUAGUGAUAUUGUUUAAUAUAAUGCAUCUUUAUGAGGAAGUGGUUGGUGGAAUUCACAGAAAAAAGUAUUAUUUUUUUAAUGUUCUUAAUGACUCAUUAUUAUUGAUUUUUAAUAUUGAAAACUCAGUGCUGCACAUGCACAUUGAUAAUUCUACCUUUGGAGUAAAGCAAACAGUUUCCUGGCAAAUAAAGGAUUUUACUAUAUAGCUCUGCCAGAAGAGUAAUUCUUAACUGAAAAUAAUAAGCCUUGGUCGUAUAGAAUUAUAAUCUCCAGUAUCAAAAAUUGCACCUUGUCAAAGAACAGCCAGUAUGGAGAGUGAAAUUUUUGCCCAAGGUUUUUUAUUUGAAGACGUCUGGGUCUUUAGCAGUGGAGCAGCGGCACAUCAGCAGAUCAUUUAUAAAAAUAAAAAAUAAAAAAAACUGACAGCGUCCAUGUUGAUAUAUAGUACCACACAUAACACUGUCCUGUUAAUAUUCAGAUACUGCACUUGCCAUACAUUGAACUUUAUUUGAGGUUUCUAGAUGAAUUGUUUAGUUGAUUGUUAAGCAGUUCAGUUUAAUUAGUAAGUCCAUAUUUGACAGGUAUUUCCAGCUGGAUACAGUCACUUCAUUUUGCAAUGGUGCUACAUAUGAAAGGUUAUCUACCUAACGGUUGUCAAUAAGCUUGUGAGCUCAAACAAUGAUGAUCUGGAUUCCAGCUGUCUAUAGUAUCAUGGCCAUACUUCCUAUUGCCACAUGGAGUGUGAAUACCUAGUAAGAUUUUGGGUGCCAUUCUAUAGAAGUAACAUCUUGUUUUUGAUUCUAUAUGUUUGUCUAAAUAAGAAAGUAAUAGUAAUAUAAAAUAAGUGGUAUUUUAUUCAGAAAGCUUUAAAAAAAUCUUAAAAUUGCCCAACUGCACCUUUUUUCCAUUUUGGGGCUUUCAUGUGGUCUAGUUUCUGGGUUUAUGCACUUUUUUUCUUUUUGUACUGUUUUUGUCUGCUCAGCAAACCCUUUUCAUAAAUCUUGUAUCAAUCACUUGUGAUGUUUUUUAUACAGCAUUUGGAUGUUCUGUCCACAUCCUUGAAGUAGGACAAACUUUCAGCAGUGUCAGUCUGUGUAAUGUCCUGUAUGGGUUAUAUCCAGGGUUUGUGGGCAGUCUAAAACCACUAUAAAAAAUAAUUGGUAAAAGUAAAGAAUUGUGAUGAUUUAGAGUCCACAAGCCCAUCCAUCCAAUGCAUUUUGUGUAUGUGUGUAUCUGUAUAGACCAUUCACACUACAAAAUGUAAAUUACAAGUCAGUUGAGUGGGCCAUGAUUAAAUGUUGAAAAAAAUAAAAUAAAAAUCAUCAGCCGGGGCUGAGCCAGGCAAAGAAGACUUUUAAGAUGUUCUAGUGCAGCUUUUUUGUUUUUGUUUUGGUGUGUGUGAAACUUGGAGCAGCAUUGUAAAAUUCCCAGUAGUGAAGCCGCACGACUGCAGGACUAUGUUGUCUUGAUAAAACAAUGAAUGUAGUCUGUUAAAAAGCCAUGAUUUUUACCAGGAUCGCCUUAAAUAAAAUCUCCAGUGUCCUGGAGGUACCAUGAGUUCUCCCAGUCAACUGUUGUGUUUCUGUGUUUUGAUUUUUGUGUAAUUUCUGUGAAGACUUGGCAGCAAUAAAAAAAAAAAAACUAUAAUUUGUAUGUGCUGACAAAAUAAAUUUUAGACAAUCUGAAUGAACAUUAAUGUUUACUGCCCAAGGGAUGUAUGAAGUUAUGUUGUAUUUUCCAAUACUAGAGGAAUUUAAAGUUAUUUUUAAAAAAUUGGCAUAGGCAUACUGUUUAAAUCAAAUGUACUAAUUUAACCUAAGACCACCUUAACCUUCUGCCCACCAGCCAUUCUCUUGAGUAAAAAAAGCUGUUGCUGCAAGACUUUGUCUUCUGUGUUGCUCACCUGGCUGGGCCCCUGUGAGCAUUCUUGCUGAUAUGCAGAUAACACUUUUAGAAUAUCUUCUGUUUUGGAUGAACAGAAAGAGGAUGCUUGUUAUCCUUAGGUGCAGCAAUUGUUACAGAGCUGUUCAGAUGAUGGUUAAAACAUGUAAAUGCUGUAUUUGUGGAGGGUUUGAGAGGGGAAAAAAAUAAAUGAAGAAAAAAAAAUG